CCUACUACCAACCCAUUUGAAGCGAGCCCAGUCAGCCCAUUCUAAUAUGCCACAACUCCACCCCAACAAAACGAACAAUGACCCACCAGUUGUCCGUACCCAUCGUCCCGUCGCUACCUGCCCCAAUCACCAUAAACCCUUGCCCUGGAAACCUUCCUCCACACCUCAUCGUUUCCUUCACAUGCUAUCCUGUCAAUUUCGACCUCUCAGAAAGAUGGAUCAUCUGCCAACGCGGGAACACCAUACUGGUUAAGUAUGCAUCGCUGGAUCAUGCUUUGUCGCAGGCCUCCAUUAUUGCAGCAGAGAGGAGUGGACCAAUCCUUCUAGCUUUCACAAGUAUGAUGGUUGUUCUCUCGGAAGAUUCGGACGAUUUAUACUUGGUAAACACAGCUGGAACACGAAUCAUCCAUGGGUGUUACUCUCAUCGAUUCAGCCGCCUUAGAGAAAUGUUCUCACAUGAACACCGCCCUGUAGCCAUUGGUCACUCACCCGCUCAUCGCCCUAAGUAUGUCCAGUACAGCCUGCCACACACAACAACUCUGUUUAAUAUGACGACUGCCAAAAAACCACUAUGCUCGGCACACAGGCCUACUGUUUGGUACCUCAUCACCAUAAAACGAAUCCAUAACCAUACAGGCAUCGUUCACUAUCAUCCUGACACCAUUCACUAUCCUAGGUUUCGAAUGAAAGUGGAAUGCAAGGACAUCUCCACCUCCUGUGUUCUCCUAUUCGACAAUGAUGCUGCUUUGUCACUACUACAAAAAACUGCUAGAGAAUAUGCAUCACUUGAUGAAGCCGCAACAAAUACACGGUUGCAAUCUGCCGUGGGAAAGGUUUUCAACGCUGAAAUUGGAACUACUAUGCGCACAGAUAUGUCGGGGUCAGCUUUUGAGGUCAUCACCCUCUGUGACUCACUCGCCUUCGCCAUUGCAUCCAGCUGCUACUGCGAAUCAGACUUCUGAUGUCCUAAUGGUGCUGCCCUGUAGAAGUUGCAUUUCUUUCUUGCUGCAUUUGAACCACUGUUAUAUGCUUAUCUGAUUGGUACAUGUAAGGACCUCAAUCGUGUUUUGGAAGUGUUUGAGCCUAACUGAGUGUAGGAGUGAGGCUCGUGAGGGAGGGGAGAGAAGAGCAAGCGAUGCGAGAGUAUAACUUGUUUACGAAUGAGAGCUUUUGAUAGAGAGGAAGAACAGCGAAGGAAGUUGGCUAGUGAGAGAAGUGAAUGUUUAUUAGUGAGAGAAUCCAAAAACCGAUCCCCUACCUACCGUAGUAAAUGCCCCUUUUAUAG